CUUUGGAGGCCUCACGCGGCUGCUGCGGCCCACACAGGACCCACGCCGGGGGAGCAGCGGCCCGGGAGGCACCUUCCCUUCGGGUCUCCGAGCACCUCUCCCUGGAGCGCAGGCUGAACCGAGCCCUUGGCCUGUCUGCUGACCUCCUCAGGGGUAAGAACGCAGGCAGGAGCCUCCCUCCCCCCGGGGGGCAGUGCCAGUCCCCGGCCUCCAGCCCAGGGCCCCUGCACCCGCGGUCCUGCCCACUGGGGAUGCAGGGGCCUCCUGCCUCCUGGCUCAGACUUGCCCCCUGUUGCCAGGUGCCCCAUGGACCUGCGUCUCCCGGGCCUGCCCGCGGAGCCUCAGGGUCCCGGGAAGGACCUGCGGGCAGCGCGCGGCCAGGGCGCCGCUGGGCGUCGGCAGCGGGAGUUCGUGCCCGCCGAGAGGAAGGACGCCGCCUACUGGCAGAAGCGGAGGGAGAACAACGCGGCGGCCCGGAGGUCCCGGGAGAAGCGGCGGCUCGGCGACGCGGCCCUGGGGCGCAGGCUGGCGGCCCUGCUGGAGGAGAACGCCCGGCUCCGGGCCGAGCUCUGCGCGCUCCGCCCGCGCUGCGGCCCCCCGCCCCCGCCCCCGCCGGCCGCGCUGCAGGGGGAGCCCCCCUGGGCCGGAGCCCCCCAGCCUGGGGCCGGGCCUCCCCCUUCUCUGCGUGGCCCCCACGGCUGCCUCCUGAGGCCGUGCUCCCUGGACGCUGGGCUGCCGGGGUGCGGGGGCUGCCUGGUGGCUCGCGGGUGGGUCGGCCUGGCCACUUGGCCCGGGUCCCUCCAGGACCCCGUCCCCGCUGUCCCCAGGAGAACGGACAUGGCCUUGCAGCCUGCCCCCCCAGCUGCCUUCUUCAGCUGUCACCUCGUGGGUGGGCGUGGGGGGCCCAGGCCCUGCUGGGGUCUGUGGCCACAUGUGUCCCCUGAUUACCAAGCUUCAGGGCCCUCAGGUGUGCUGGGGACGCCCACUGCUGAUCCCAUGUGGCUGCCUCCCAGGGUGGCCUGUCCUGAGCCAGGGAAUGGUCCCGAGGGUCUGACUCAGGACACCCUGCCCCAUAAACGGCGCACCCCAUCCCCAGCCUUGGGUGGGGUACCUCUACGGGGGGAGGCUGGCCGGGGUGCCCUCUGAGGGCUUCCCUGGGG